AUGACACUUGAAAGUUUUCUUGUUUUGAUGAUUGUUGCUGGUUGUAGGCAACAGAAAAUAAUUCCAAAAAUUUACGAUCGCAAUCAGUUUAUAUUGUUUUAUGAUUUGCUUCCGACAGUGAAAGAAUUUCUAGAAAUGGAUCUUCCGUCACAUUACUUAUGUUGUGAUAGUAAUUUAUAA